CAUCACUUAAUACUCUGGAUAUUAACACUUGAAGCUCGGUGACAGUAGCCGCGGUCACAGGCUCUCUCAGCCGCUUCAGACCCUCGCCACCUCAGCAGCAGCAGCAAAAGCAGCAGUAGCAGUAGAGGACAGAAGACUGAAAGAUAGGCAGUCUCUUUCUCUCGGCUAGGCCGUAGUCACUGUUGGAGUCGUGAUCGAUGAGUCUGUCCGGGAAGCAGCGGUUCUCCGCCAACUCUUUCUCCGGGUUCGGGAGCCAGAAGAUGGCAUUGUCCUCCGCCGGGGGGUCGUCAAUGCGCUCCAGCUUCAGGAGCAGAAUGGGCAUUGGGGCCGGAGGAGGAGGCGCUAGUCUGGGCUUCGGGAAGGGCUUUGGAGAUGGUGGAGGAGGAGGGUUCAGGAUGUCAUCCUCCAGCCACAUGGCAGGUCUGGGGAGUGGGAUGUUCGGUGGCGGUGGAGGCGGUGGAGGCGGUGGAGGAGGAGGUUUCGGGUACGGUGGAGGUGUUGAGGACACGUCGCUCGGCUUCGCCGGUAACGAGAAGCAGCACAUGCACAACCUGAAUGACCGCCUGGCAACCUACAUGGAGAAGGUUCGCCAGCUGGAGGCCACCAACCACCAGCUGGAGGAGAAGCUGAAGACCUUCACCUUCAACAAGGUGGAGGCGCACGACCUGACCAUCUACGAUGCAACACUCAAACCACUCAUGGAGCAGCUCAUGGGUUUCCUGAUACAGAACACUCAUAUUGCUGUGGAGAUCGACAACGCCAAGCUGACCGCUGACGACUUCAGAGUCAAGUGGGAGAAUGAGCUGUCUUCGCGCCAGUGUGUGGAGGGGGACAUUGGGGGUCUAAGGAACCUGCAGCGGGAGUUUGAGAUGAACAUCACAGCCAUGAUGCAGGACUUGCAGGGGUACGAGAACGAACGGGUCUCCAUGGCGAAGAGCCAUGAAGAGGAGCUGUUGUCCAUGCGUGGGGGGAUGACAGGCCAGGUGAACGUGGAUGUCCAGGCUGCUAAGAGCCAGGACCUGUCUCUGAUGCUGGCUGAAGUCAGGUCGGAGUACGAGGCGGCCGUGGAGAAAAACCGCAGACAGGCCGAGGCCUGGUACAUGAAACAGGUGGAGAUGAAGCAGGCAGAGUCGGCGGUGCUGAUCACGACGACCACGUCGGAGAUGACAGAGUUACGGAACCGCUACCAGACCCUACAGAUGGAAUACCAGGGACUACGUAUGGGGAUGGCUAACCUAGAGGCCAGGCUGUUGGAGGUUCACUCCCAGUUCCAGCAACGUCUGUCUGGGUAUAGUGGCAAGGUGAUGGGCCUGGAGGGAGAACUGACCUCUAUAAGGGCCAGCACCACUGAGCAGAGCCAGGACUAUCAGAUCCUUCUGAACAUCAAGAGUCGUCUAGAAAUGGAGAUCCAGCAGUAUAAGCAUCUGCUGGAGGGAGCCGGCCUGGGAGGGGGCAUGAUCUCUGGAGGGGCUGACCUGGGAGGGGGCAUGAUCUCUGGAGGGGCUGACCUGGGAGGAGGAAUGGUGGUCUCUGGAGGGGCCAGGAGGUCGGCAGGUAAGACUGUUGUGACCAGAACCACUGUGCUGGAGGUGAAAUCCUCGGGAGGAGGAGUGGGGACGGGAGGAAGUUCCAUGCAUUCCACUAGCUCUACCUCCAGCAGUUCUGGGGGCGGGGCAGCCAUGAUGUCAUCAGGAGGCGCCGCAAUGGUGUCCGGUGGGGGACCAGCCAUGAUGUCAUCAGGAAGCCCCGCGGUGGUGUCCGGCGGCGGAUCAGCCACAGCGCCAUCAGGAGGAGGCACGGCGCGAUUAGGAGGAGGUACGGCGCCAUCAGCAGGCGGCACGGCGCCAUCAGGAGGAGGCACGGCGCCAUCAGGAGUAGGCACGGCGCCAUCAGCAGGAGGCACGGCGCCAUCAGCAGGAGGCACGGCGCCAUCAGGAGGAGGCACGGCGCCAUCAGGAGGAGGCACGGCGCCAUCAGCAGGCGGCACGGUGCCAUCAGCAGGCGGCACGGCGCCAUCAGCUGGCGGCACGGCGCCAUCAGGAGGAGGCACGGCGCCAUCAGGAGGAGUCACGGCGCCAUCAGGAGGAGGCACGGGGCCAUCAGGAGGAGGCACGGCGCCAUCAGGAGGAGGCACGGCGCCAUCAGCUGGCGGCACGGUGCCAUCAGGAGGCACGGCGCCAUCAGCAGGCGGCACGGCGCCAUCAGCUGGCGGCACGGCGCCAUCAGGAGGAGGCACGGCGCCAUCAGGAGGAGUCACGGCGCCAUCAGGAGGAGGCACGGCGCCAUCAGGAGGAGGCACGGCGCCAUCAGGAGGAGGCACGGCGCCAUCAGCAGGAGGCACGGCGCCAUCAGCAGGCGGCACGGCGCCAUCAGGAGGCGGCACGGCGCCAUCAGCAGGCGGCACGGCGCCAGCAGCAGGAGGCACGGCGCCAGCAGCAGGCGGCACGGCGCCAUCAGGAGGAGGCACGGCGCCAUCAGCAGGAGGCACGGCGCCAUCAGCAGGGGGCACGGCGCCAUCAUCAGGAGGCGGCACGGCGCCAUCAGGAGGCGGCACGGCGCCAUCAGGAGGCGGCACGGCGCCAUCAGCAGGCGGCACGGCGCCAUCAGCAGGCGGCACGGCGCCAUCAGCAGGCGGCACGGCGCCAUCAGCAGGCGGCACGGCGCCAGCAGCAGGCGGCACGGCGCCAGCAGCAGGCGGCACGGCGCCAUCAGGAGGCGGCACGGGCGCCAUCAGCAGGCGGCACGGCGCCAGCAGCAGGAGGCACGGCGCCAGCAGCAGGCGGCACGGCGCCAUCAGGAGGAGGCACGGCGCCAUCAGCAGGAGGCACGGCGCCAUCAGGAGGAGGCACGGCGCCAUCAGCAGGUGGCACGGCGCCAUCAGGAGGCGGCACGGGCGCCAUCAUGGAGGCGGCACGGGCGCCAUCAUCAGGAGGCGGCACGGCGCCAUCAGGAGGCGGCACGGCGCCAUCAGGAGGCGGCACGGCGCCAUCAGCAGGCGGCACGGCGCCAUCAGCAGGCGGCACGGCGCCAUCAGCAGGAGGCACGGCGCCAGCAGCAGGAGGCACGGCGCCAUCAGGAGGCACGGCGCCAUCAGCAGCCGGCACUGCGCCAUCAGCAGCCGGCACGGCGCCAUCAGGAGGAGGCACGGCGCCAUCAGCAGCCGGCACGGCGCCAUCAGCAGCCGGCACGAUGCCAUCAGGCGGAGGCGUCGCAAUGGUGUCCGGCGGUGGACCAGCUCUCAUGUCAUCAGGAGGCGUCGCGAUAGUGUCCGGUGGGGGACCAGCCACGGUGUCAUCAGGAGGUGCCGCGACGGUGUCCGGCGGAGGUUCCAUCAUGAUGUCAUCGGGCGGGGGCAUGACCGUGUCCGGUAGCAACUCGUCUUCCACCAGCUUGUCGACCAGCUCCACCAUGGAAGGUAAAGUCUCUACUGGUGAUAUUACCAAAGUUCCCGUAUAGUGAUUCCCUCCACGUCACAACACUCUCCAGGACCACGGAACCCCAUACCCCCCCCCUGGGUAUACAGGAAAUAAUUAAGUUCAAAAAGUGGAUGAACCAAUUGUAGACUAACACACACACACACACACACACACACACACACACACACACACACACACACACACACACACACACACACACACACACACACACACACACACACACACACACACACACACACACACACACACACACACACACACACACACACACACACACACACACACGACGUGUAGCCUCUCUCUUCUACUAACACACAGCUCACCUGGCAGAACACACACAGUCCACAUUCUGACCUGAACAUCAUGACCUGUAGCCUCUCUCUCUUCUGUUUUAUUUAAAUUACAUUUGACGUUUCCAUUUAUAAUAAAAACCUGACCCUACAAUGAGA